UUGUCCUAUUGGCUUCUUUGUUAUCUUGUUAUUUAACGUAUUUUGAAUUUCAAAUAACAUUAGAAGGGCAGUAUUGAGAUUUUUAUGCUUGGAGGUGGCAGCAAUGGUUUUAAAAAAGGAAGAAGGCUGAGCCGCAGAUGUAGGUGUUCUUGUUAAGGAUCAUUAUUGACUUUUAUCAGCUGAGGUCCCAGGUCUGUGUAGGUCUCCACCCCUGGGCAGGAGAGGAGCCGAGCACCUCGGGGAUGCUUUCUCUGUGCUUGAACAUCUAUAGCUGCUUCUGAGGGGCUGGGAGCCGGGCCCGGGGAGAGAUGAGCCAUGGACCCCCCACAGCCUCAGCAUUCGGGGACCUCACCUUAGGAGAGUGCCAUUUACAGCUUCCGCCAGGGCAAAGGAGCUGAGCAGCCAUCCCAAGCCCAGCCCACCUCCCUCCCCCGGCCCCUGGUGGGCAUGGACUAGCAGCUGUGAGCAGCCAGAGGUGAUGCCCGGCCCCCAGGGGGGCGGAGGCGCCCCCACCAUGAGCCUGGGCAAGCUCUCGCCUGUGGGCUGGGUGUCCAGUUCACAGGGAAAGAGGCGGCUGACUGCAGACAUGAUCAGCCUCCCACUCGGGGACUUCCGCCACACCAUGCAUGUGGGCCGCGGCGGGGACGUCUUCGGGGACACCUCCUUCCUCAGCAACCACGGUGGCAGCUCUGGGGGCACCCAUCGCUCACCCCGCAGCUUCCUGGCCAAGAAGCUGCAGCUGAUGCGGAGGGUGGGGGCGCCCCCCCGGAGGAUGGCAUCUCCCCCUGCACCCUCCCCGGCUCCACCGGCUAUCUCCCCCAUCAUCAAGAAUGCCAUCUCCCUGCCCCAGCUCAACCAGGCCGCCUACGACAGCCUCGUGGUUGGCAAGCUCAGCUUUGACAGCAGCCCCACCAGCUCCACGGACGGCCACUCCAGCUACGGCCUGGACUCUGGGUUCUGCACCAUCUCCCGCCUGCCCCGCUCGGAAAAGCCACAUGACCGAGACCGGGAUGGUUCCUUCCCCUCUGAGCCCGGGCUUCGCCGCUCUGACUCUCUCUUGUCCUUCCACCUGGACCUCGACCUUGGGCCCUCGCUCCUCAGCGAGCUGCUAGGGGUCAUGAGCCUCCCGGAAGCCCCUGCAGCUGAGACUCCAGCCCCUGCUGCAAACCCCCCAGCCCCUACUGCAAACCCCCCAGCCCCUGCUGCAAACCCCCCAGCGCCUGCUGCAAACCCCACGGGUCCUGCUGCAAACCCCCCAGCCCCUGCUGCAAACCCCCCAGCGCCUGCCGCAAACCCCCCAGCGCCUGCCGCAAACCCCCCAGCGCCUGCCGCAACCCCCAUGGAUCCUGCUGCAAAUCCCCCAGCCCCUGCCGCAAAUCCCCCAGCCCCUGCCGCAAGCUCCACACCCCAUGGACACUGUCCCAAUGGGGUAACAGCUGGGUUGGGCCCAGUGGCUGAGGUGAAGGCCAGCCCAGUGGGAGGGGGUCCCCGAGGACCUGCUGGCCCUGCCCUCGGCAGGCACUGGGGAGCAGGCUGGGAUGGUGGCCGCCACUACCUGGAGAUGGAUGCGCGGCAGGAGCGGGUGGAGGUGCUGCCCCAAGCCCGGGCCUCCUGGGAGAGCCUGGACGAAGAGUGGAGGGCACCCCAGGCAGGCAGCAGGACCCCGGUGCCCAGCACAGUGCAAGUAAACACCUUUGAAUUUGCGGAUGCUGAGGAGGAUGAUGAGGUCAAGGUGUGAGGGGCUGGGGCACGGUCCCAGGGCCCCAUCUAGGUGCAGAGCCGGCCCCUCACCUAACAGCUGGUUCCUACCAGACCAGAGAGGGGAGAAGCCAAGUUGCCCCUAAACCCCUCCCCACCUCUGCAGGACAGACAUGGGAGGGAGGACAGGGAAGGCCAGGCUUGUUCCGGGACUUUUAUGCUCCCAGAGGCCCUGCCAAGCUGACCACCUCCCCUGACUGCCACUCUGGACCUAAUAGCUGUUCCUUAGGCCCCACUCCAUGCCACCCCCAGCAGCUGGAGGACCCAGCCUCACAGUGUGGCCUUUGUGCCAGACCAAGCUGCCUGUGGGGAGCGGGGGGCGGGGGGCAGGGAGUGUACCACACAGGGCCAUUGUCUCACCUCCCAAAGGGACCGCCUGCCCCCAGCUCAUCCCAGAGCGUCCCCGCUGCAACCCUGACAGCCCUCUCCCAGGCCGCUUCCCCAACAUCCCCACCCCAGCCUCCCUCUUACCCCAGAAAGGUCAGGUAUGACCUCCCGGGGAGGAAUCCCACCUGCCUGUAUGCCCCAGACUUGCCUCUGGAGCCUGAUUAAAUAAGGCUGUUUUGAUAAAA